GAUUUAAUAUGAAGUAAGCAAAGCAUUACCCGAGGUCCUCGUGCUCUCUCUUACAUGAUCAAUCCCAAAUCUUGUUUUACUAUAAAUAUAUACAUUGUCACACUCUUUUCCAUUUUAUCUAAGUUCAAAUCUUCAUCAUUUACCCUCUUUCUCUCUUCCAUUUCUUGAUAUUAGUUAUCUGUCAACAUAAAUUAUGGCACCAGCACCUAACUCUGAGUCAAUCAAACCAAAAGAUGUUUGCAUUGUUGGUGCUGCACGUACACCGAUGGGUGGUUUCCUUGGGACGCUAUCAUCCUUGGCGGCGACUAAGUUGGGCUCUAUUGCUAUUCAGGGCGCAUUGAAGAAGGCAAAUGUUGAUCCAACCCUCGUACAAGAAGUAAUUUUCGGAAAUGUUCUUAGCGCAAACUUGGGUCAAGCUCCUGCAAGGCAGGCAGCAAUAGGUGCUGGAAUACCAGACACAGUGGUAUGCACCACAGUCAAUAAAGUUUGUGCAUCAGGAAUGAAAGCCAUCAUGCUUGCUGCACAGAGUAUCCAAUUGGGUAUCAACGACGUUGUUGUCGCUGGCGGUAUGGAAAGCAUGUCGAAUGCCCCUAAAUACAUAGCAGAAGCGAGAAAAGGUUCUCGUUUUGGUCACGACACACUUGUUGAUGGGAUGCUAAAAGAUGGACUUUGGGAUGUUUACAAUGAUUGCGCCAUGGGAGUUUGUGCUGAAUUAUGCGCAGAAAAUCAUGCAGUAACGAGAGAGGAUCAGGAUAACUAUGCUUGCCAGAGCUUUGAGCGUGGUAUUGCUGCUCAAGAGGCGGGUGCUUUUUCAUGGGAGAUCGUUCCUGUUGAGGUUUCUGGAGGAAGGGGAAAACCAUCGACGUUUGUUGAUAAAGAUGAAGGUCCUACUAAGUAUGAUCCCGCCAAAUUAAAAAAGCUUAGACCGAGUUUCAAAGAAGUUGGGGGAACUGUUACCGCGGGAAACGCUUCAAGCAUAAGUGAUGGUGCUGCUGCACUUGUUCUAGUAAGUGGGCAGAAGGCACUCGAGCUUGGACUUGAGGUGAUUGCAAAGAUCAGUGGUUAUGGUGAUGCUGCUCAGGCUCCUGAGAAAUUUACAACUGCUCCCGCUCUUGCGAUCCCAAAGGCCAUGUCUCAUGCAGGCUUGAACGCAUCCCAGAUUGAUUACUAUGAGAUAAACGAAGCUUUCUCGGCUGUUGCUAUUGCGAACAUGAAAUUGCUCGAUAUUCCAGCGGAAAAAGUGAAUGUGCACGGUGGAGCUGUGUCCUUGGGACACCCUCUUGGGUGCAGUGGAGCACGAAUCAUCGUGACACUUUUGGGGGUACUACGGCAGAAAAAUGGUAAAUAUGGUGUCGGUGGUGUGUGUAAUGGUGGAGGUGGUGCAUCAGCACUAGUUGUAGAGCUUUUGUGAGCCUUUAUGUCGAGGCCUGUGGACGACUCGGCUCACCUCAAUGUUAAAAGAACCAUCCGAAAUCCGGUGUUUGUGCUACUUAUGGUAUGGGAAUCGGGAUUUUUGUUGGCGAUGGCUUACGAAUAAUGCUGGCAGUUUCGAUAUUACUAGUGGUACAAAGUGUUUCUUUUAGGCUACAUAGUCAUUGUAUUUGCUUUAAUUCGUUUUAGGACCGAUCAAAACUGUAUUCUAUGUAUUUCGCCUCGUUGGCUAGAGUGUUUCCUGGUAUAUUCUUCAUUUCCUGGGAAUAAUACUUGAUGGUUAGUUCUAGUGAUUUGGAUCAAAAUGGAAGUGAUUUCCUUUUGAAUUUGUAUUCACUUGUAAGUGACAUUUUUCAGCUGUUUAUGAGUUUGUUAUCAUUGAUUAAUUGGAAACAACCUUUUUUUGAUUUA